AUGAAAUUUCGCAAAUUAUCCGCGUCCAGUCCCAAAAUGGAAUUGCUCUCGAGGCGAUCGUCGAGCGACAGGAUGUCGACCUUGAAGCGGUCGAGAUCCUUUCGUGCAUCGAUAAAGCUCAUGUCGAAGCUGCGAAACCACGCGAGUCUUCGUUUAAACUCUGGUUUCGAUCUUUCCCCGGUACCACUGCGAGACACGAAGAAACGCCGAAAUCAAACGUCCCUCGUAGAAGAGACCACGUGGCCAACCAAAAGCCCCGAAAUUCCUCCAAACGAUUCGUCGAAAGACUCGUCGAAAGACUCUGACAAGUCCCUCAACAGUCUCUCGACGUCUCCCAGCUUGGGACAUUCGAUUUCCUCGAGUGAGCUGGAGUCUCGUAAAAUCACCAGGGACCUGAAGAGCAAGUUGUGCCUUACGGACAGAAUAAUGGGCAAGAGUCGCAAGGAGCAGGAGAAAUCAUCGAAGAGGAACAACGACGCCUCGUCCCCGAGAGUAACUCAUAUAUUUCGUUGGAAGAGCAACGAGGAGACUUCGUCCAUGUCGAACGGAGAGAAAGAGAAGAGAAACCUUCUCUGUGGUAGCCAGUUGUCCUAUGAGAAUCCUACUUUCCGGCUGGACAGUUCCUUGGACUCGUCCUUUUCCAGUUUCGUGUUCGAACCUGAGCAUUCUGAUCACGUCGAAACGAAGGAAGAACGCCCCGUCGAGAAGUCGUAUCAGGAUACUGGGUUAACGAUAGUCGUAGAUCCCGCCAGACCAACGGAAGAUGAAACGAGGAAAUCCGCCGAGGACAGAACCGUGUUCGACAUGGAGGCGAAUUUCGAGUGCAAUAAGAACAAUCGUCCCGUGUUCACUGUAACGAAAGCUAGGAGCUUGUCGGUGAACGACGUGAUUUUACAAGACGAAGAGGCGGCGAGGAGUAGUUUGGCGUUGAACACGGUAGAUGGGACGACGUUGUUCGACUGGCAAGCGGAUGACCGCGGGAUCGAGGCGACGGAAAAAGGGCGGAAGGAUGGCGAGAAAGUUCGAAAGACUUCGGUUUGCUCAUCCAAGUCCUGCAGGAUCAGGACGGUGGAUAAUAUCGCGAAUUUUUGGACCAAUGCUCGCGGUGGAAGCUUUCGUAGCAAGGUGACGGUGGGCAGGAAGAAGUCGAUGAAAGACUCGAGGGAUGCCGAGUCCAUGGAUAGGAUUCUUGUCACGACCACUUCUGGAUCAAAGCUGUACUCUUUGCAAGGGAUGGAGUUCCUGGAAGGUUUCGGCAAGAAAAAACAACAGCCAAAUCAACAAUCGAACAAUAUUUCGUCGGUGCACAUCAAUCCCCUAACGGCACAGUCUCUCAACAUACACCUGCAUGCCCUCUUCGCAGCCGUGGAACAUGGCCAUCUCGACAAAGCCAGAACGAUUUUGGAGUCGACAGACGUGGAUGUGAACAGCGUGAACAGCGACGGCCUGUCACCCCUGGAUGUUGCGGUGCUCAGCAACAAUAGGCCGCUUGCAAAAAUGCUGGUCGCGUUCGGCGCACAGGAGGGUAACCAGUUCAAAUCUCCAGAGUCCCUGGGCAGUCACUUGGCUUCGUUGCUGUUGGAGGCUGAACACAGAGUUCAAGAACUCGGCGGCAGUACUUCCGGCAGCGGUGGGACUACCCUCCUGGAACCACCAAGCAGUCAUAGAUCAAGUUUUUCGUCGCAGCACAACAAUCUCACGGGAUGCGGCGGUAGCGCGGAGGACAAGCAACUCGCUUUGUGGGAAAGAAGAGCUAGAGCGCUUAGAAAAAUGUUGCUUGGAUUCGAUCAAGCGAGGCCACCAGACAUGCCAUUUUUGGUCGCAGUGGACGUCACAGGAACAAAUUCUGUAACAGUGAGGUUUCAAGAACCAGAUUCCCAUGAUUCUCCAAUCUGCACAAAAUUUAAAGUCCAAUGGAGUAUCAAAGAAGAUUUCUCGGUGAUCUGUGGCGAGAGAGAGGUGCUAGAUAUGAAACAAAGGGAAUGCAGGAUUGACGAUCUGAUUCAGGGACAGAAAUAUUAUUUUCGAGCAGCUGCUGGCAAUUUGAAGGGCUACAGCAGGUUCAGGAACUCGACUCCCGCCCACGUAACACCUAGCAGCUGGAGAGACAUCGAUGGCAGAGUGCCAAGGUUUGCCGGCCGAUUGGAGCAGCUGAAUACUUUAUUCACGGAUAUCAGGCGCCCAGAGUACACUCAAGAAACGCCGGCCGUGCAGAGGCGUAAUCACAAGAAGAAGACAACGAUAAAACAGCUCUUUUCGGCCACCAGCAAGUUUCAGAAGAAUCUGAGACGCGGCGUUUUUCUCGCCUGUUUACUCUAUCAUGAAGAUAAAAUAUUGGUAACGAACGAGGAUUUCUUACCUGUGAUCGAAGUCGACGAGACUUACCCUAGCUGUAUUUAUAACGACUUCCAUUGGCUGAUGAAAGUGGGCUGCACUUGGGACGAUGUUAAAAUUCUCCGUCAAAAUAUGGAGAAAAGUCACAGCAGUUCAACGAAUCACUUCAGGAUAAAGCUUUUACAGGCUGCUGCACAAAUGCAGGCAGCGCUGUGUAUACAAGACAUUGGUCAGUUGUACCAUAAACCCAUUAGAGACGUUCAAGGCACCCUGGUUUUCUCCACAGUGAAUUACAUAAAAUCCCCGAAGUUGAUCUCAGUGUUGAAUAGCAGAUGGUUGCCACUCAGCAAAGUCACGAAGAAAGUCAUUAUUCACGAAGAUAGUAACGUAGCGGAUAUUUUAAUAGCCAGUAUACAGGAACAGAUGACUUACCACCAAGUUAGCAGUAUCAAGCUUUCAAAGGGGCUUUAUCUUGGUUAUCUGAAGAUGCAGAGUAGCGUCGAUCUUAUACAAGUCGUGGUACCCGCAAAAGCACCUAAUGUUUUGCCUCAUUGUAAGAUCCGUGAUAACCCACACGUCUCUGCCGAGGAGUGGGAUUAUCUGAAAAGGAUAACACGCAUUCACGCAUCAGACGCAUCAGUCAAAGACUGUGAAGAGAAAGAAAACGUAACAAACGAGGCCCAAGGUACAGAACAGCAGAAAUUGUUCGUCGACCUGGUCGCUGCUACAGCAAGGCGAUUGUUCAAUUAUAUGGAAAUCAAUCCUGAAGACUCUUUGCUCCAUCGACUUUACGACGCCGAAGUUAUCGAUCUGACUCACGAUGUGUCCUUUCUGAUCGCUGUGCCUCCUGCAGAAACCGCCUGUUGCGUGCCUGGAACCAGAGAAAUCCUUCUUCAACGUGGUGAUCUUCUUUCGUUGCCCAUCCAAGUAUUCGAGAUGGUUCACUUAAAUACCUAUCAGAAGGAUGUGAUCAACAGAUAUUCAAGACUAAGUUGCAUUCUUGAACUCGACACGGCGCAAGCUCAGUACAACCACAGAGAAGCCUUCAGUUCUCUGGAGUUAAGCGUGGCGAAGGAUAAGUUGGCCAGGCUGCAAGAUCUGCAGACUCAAGUAAACACCGUGUGGAAAGGAGCCAGGUGGCUCAUAGACGUGAUCACGUUCGCUAGAGAUCGCGGUUCUUCGCAGCAGAGCGGUUCGUCACAAACAGUUGGAAUUUCAAUGAAGCACCUGCUCAGCCUCGACCGAAACAGAAGCAACAGCAACAGCCUAAAGAGAAGUUUGCUCCAAUUACCGCCACGCGAUCCGAAGCUGGUGAAAUCUAGUCCAGGUCGAGGCAGCUGGCCAGGACCUAACAUGUCCAAUUCUUCCUCAAAUCUGCUCACAACGGAGUUCAGUAAAAGCGAACAACAAUUGCCCAGUGGCCAGUAUAUUCGCAAGGGCAGCAACACUUCAAAUGUGUCGGCCGGCUCAGAGCCUGCAAAGUCUACGGUACCCAUGAGCAGCCCCAGCAAUCUAAGCAACGCGACCAGCGCUGGCAGCAACAAUCAUCUGGUACCAUUACAGAACACCAGGUUACCGCCUUCCAAAUCCGAGGACACUCUGAUCCUAACGAAAUACAAACACAGUCCCAGAAAUAGGUCAGCUACGAUCACAUCCGCAUCGGCCAGCACCAGUCCUUUACUCAGCAUAAAACCUAUGAUCUAUGGUGGCUCGCUCCUAAGCGUGUCAACAGCCAUGACAAACACGACGAGUCUGUUAAGUGUCAGCAACACCAAUUCCGACAGUUUGCAUUCGCUAAGUAGCGACGAGUAUUCGACGCCUAACUCGAGUGUCUGCAUAAAGAGUGGACAUACGAAGAGCAAAUCGACCAAGCCCACUGCUAGCGUCGCGGCCACGGCCACUGGUUCCUUGGAAAGUCAACUGGAGGAGGAGAAAGACGAAGCAACGUUAAUGCCUGCUCCUCUGCCGGGCAUUCUUCAGGUUUACGCGGCCUAUGAAACCGGCCUGGCUUCCGGAACCAGUCUCAAGUUACACGUUACUCCGAGGACCACGGCCAGAGAAGUUGUGAAUCUAGUUGUGAAGCAGCUGAACAUGGCGGUAGUGUUAAAGGGUCAAGAAGGGCCCAUUUACACGGCUGACGAGUUGCCGAAUUUUUGCUUGGUGGCUGUGAUCGGUGCCAGAGAGCGUUGCUUGAGAGAUGACUUCAAGUUGUUGCAGCUUCAGAAUCCUUGGAAAAAGGGCAGGUUGUACGUGAGGCAGAAACAAGAUGUCCUUGCAGCCCUUGAGCACAGCAGCAAGCACACCGCGUAUUUAUAGCAUAAGUAACGAAAGGGAAGAUGACAGAAACAGAUUGUGAUUAGAUAGAAAGUACGUCGAGAAAGGGAAAAAGAUAAUUCCUGUCGCGGUUCACGAUGUCUACCAAUGUAAGAAACGCUGCGUCUCAUUAAUAAUUGGCGAUAGAAGCCAAAGAUCAUUUAGUAUAAUGCGUUCUGUGUCUCGUAGUAAUUCGAGAUUAAAUAGACGUUAUAGACAUUUUUUUGUUUCUCCAUUGUAUUUUUCUUGUUCGUUUUAAUACAGAACAAAUGACGUAGAUUCCCAGUCGUCUCACGAGACGCAGAAUGCAUUAAGAUGUACAUAAAAUAAACGCUUGGCUACACGAGAAAUUUUCAAUUGUAUCUCUCGAGGCUCUAACUAAAUUACACGUAAUUAAGUAGGGAAGUGAAAGGGAAGAACGACGAUCGUCUGAAAGGAUGAGAAUUUAAAAUUGCGUUUAGGCGAACCGGAGUACAUUCCAAACGAGUUUUCGAUCCGACUGCUGUAAUUUUGCGCUGAUGGACUAGAUAGCGUUCCAAGGGAAUGGAUAAUACUCAAGGUAUAUUAUACUGUUAUAUUUUAGGUACCGAUCUCAGUGUUUUACUCGAUAUACACGCGUCACCGGUUAUAAACGAGUCACAUGCUUAAGAAAUCUCAUUGUUGUCCCAAUUGUAUUCGACGUGUCCAAGCUACGCGCAAGAUACAUCUUUUCUUAUUCUUAUUCCCAACUUUCUUUAUCUUCCAAAAGAUUACCCAAUUUCGAUAAGAAAUCUUGGACACGUAGAAUGAACUGAGAGCACGAACUUUUCGAGAUAGAAGAAGUUUUAUAUUUAUAUUUUUAAAUCCACCUAAUCACCCAAGGAUUUAUUUCAGCAAGUAGUUCUGCUUGACUGAGCCUUUGUCACCAGGUUCAGGAGAAAUACGAUCCUCGAAACGAUUUCUUCUCUAUGAAUCGGUUUCUUCGAUCUGUUAACAUUGCAUUGUUUUACUACGAAAUGAUUUCUAUCCAUUAAUUUUUUCUUGUUUGCAAAUAACAAGAACAAUGAAAGCGCCCUGAACAUUCAAAGAGAAUCAGACACUCAAAGUUCUUGGAAGAUUGCGACUAGAGCAGAUUACUAUUACGCAUUAAAAUAUAGUAGAAGAAACGUGAUCCAGAUAAAAGAGGCUUAUAGACUGUUGCGUAGAAAUAAAAGAAAGAGUAUUACUAUGGCUAUUAAGAUUUUUAUUCUCGUCAAGACCGCAGUUAUUUUAUUACAUUAUAAUUGUGUUCGCUGUUCUUCGUGUUCUUCAAACUUAUUUUCUGUUUUAGAGUAUUUCCUGUUUGUAGAAUUUUUAUAUCAUCGAACGAACAUUGUCGUUUGCUUCUUUAUUGCUACUUCGUCGGAGAAGAAGAGCGUGUCGAGAUCGAUUUCGAGCUGUUGACGAUCUUGUUAGAAUUCCAGGCACUCGAGGACUUCCUAAUAAGCGACCUAGACGACGCGUUGGUGAUAAAUAUGGUGCAGAGUGGAAAAUGUAAAAAAUACACCCUAAUCAUACGAUACCGCUGUCCGGCACUUCGUGUAGUAUACAAUAUUUUAAGAUCCUAAGGCGAUACGUCUUCUUAAAUUUCUGUCAGUGAUUGAAUUUUAAAACUACGACUUGAGUAUUCUACAAGAAAUGUUAUAAAUCUCUCAAUUUUCGUUAUAUGAUAAUUAGUGUAAGAAAAGUUGACAUCGCUAUUGGAAAUCCGUCCUUUAUCUUUCGUAAACGAAACUUGAAAAUUCGAUUCGCUUCGGGUUCAAACAAUAAAACAGUGGUAUCGUGCGUCGAGGGGCCACCUAAGUUUAAACGAAAAUAUACAAUGCAGAUAUUUUUUUAUCGAGAAAAUAAAAGAAUGGUAGCGAGUUGGAGGAUGGGAUGAAAAAGAGAUUUUUACUAUAUUUUACCAGAAUGCGUACUCGUUCGACGAGGAACGCGAACGGUACGCAUUUCCAACGGAAAUACGGGAAUCUGUCUGUGUGUCGAUAUCAACAGAUGUGAAUAACCAAGAGGAAGAGGUGCGUGAUGAAGAAUGGCAGUAGGCAAAGAAUGGUGGGAAAAAGAUCUUAACAAAACGCUAGAAAAUUUAUUAGCUCUACCUGAGUAUUUAUCGAUGUUGAGUGUAAAAUAAUCAUUAGCAGUUAAGUGUUACUGUGGGAGGAAAACGAAUUUUAAGACUCGAGAAGCCCUGGUUUUCCUCUCAGACAGCAGUUCCAAAAAAAUAAAACAAAGAAAUAAAAAAAAAACGCAAGAUGAAAGAACUACUUGUAAA